GGUACUGUAGUUGGGGCAUUUUUAGUUACCCUCUCUAUGUGAUAUAGUACUAGAAAAUUCUCCUGUUUGUCGCCGCUAUUCUGUCGUGCAUGAAGAUUCCAUGCUAGUUUCAUGACUUUUAUAUUGCAGUAGAUUAAUUAGCAAUGUCCAAACUAUACUUGGGUAACCUGUCGACAGAUGUCACGGAAGGAACGCUGCGUGACUUGCUUGAAGAGAAAGGGGUUACGGUCAACAGUUUACUUCUAAAGAGUGGUUUCGCAUUCGUUGAAGUCCCCGAUCAAGCCAACGCAGACAAAGCAAUUGACAGUUUAAACGGCUUUAACCUUCUUGGUUUUGUCAUGCAAGUAGAACCCUCUGUUGCUCGCCGCAGUGGUCGGCGUUCAACUAAGAUCCAGAUAAAGAACCUGCCUCCUCAAGCAUCGCGGGACGACAUAGAAACACUAGUCAACAGAAACGCAGGAAGCGCUGUCAAAUUUGAAGAAGGUCCAGAAGGAGCUGUAUUUGUUACUUUUGAUUCACCCGAACAAGCUCAAGAGGCUGUUACUGCAUUGAAUAGUUUUGAUUAUGAUGGUUCCGUUUUAAAGGCUUUUUUUAUUAAUAACGGAGCUCGUAGACCCAGAUCAAAUAACGGCAACUCAGGAAUGAAUCGGCAGGAAUUACCAUUAAGAAUAAUUGUUGGCAGUGAUUAUGUGGGAGCUAUUAUUGGUAAACAGGGACAGACAAUACGAAAUAUAACAUCACAAAGUAGAGCCAGGGUUGAUAUACACAGAAGAGAUAAUCAUGCUCCAGAAACAUUAGUCACUAUAAAAGGCAACCCUGACAGUUGUUCCAAGGCCUGUAAAGAAAUCAUGAAAGUCGUUCAACAAGAAGCAGCUGCCCUUAAUAAAGGGGAAAAUCCUAUGAAAGUUUUGUGUCCUAAUCAUAUAUGUGGUAGAAUUAUUGGUAAGAAAGGAAAUGUUAUAAAACAGUUUAUGGAGAAAUCGGGAACACAUAUAGUAGUGUCAAGUAUUUCUGAUUAUGACUAUGGUAUGUCCGAUAUGAAUACAUAUUAUGUUGAUCGUGUUAUUACCAUCUCUGGAGGUAGUCUAGAUGCAGCAUGUAAAGCAGAAGAAAUGCUCAGUGAAAAAAUGAGACAGUGCUAUGAACAAGAUGCCCAGAAUUAUAAUCAACAACAACCCCAUAUGAUGUUUGGUAUGCCACCACAUAUGCAGAUGAUGCAAGGUUAUAACAGUUAUCCUGGUGUACAAAGUCCCUAUGGUUACGGAAUGUCCUAUCGAGAAGAUGACAUGCACGGUUACUUACAGGGUUCUGGUAACAUGCAUCCUGGGUUAUUUGGUAACCCCCCUGUUCCACCACCCAUGGAGUUACAAGUAACCUACCUCUACAUACCGGAACCAUCAGUUGGAGCCGUUAUCGGCAGCAAGGGUACCAACAUCAAAAACAUUAUGAGACUAUCAAACGCUAGAAUUAAGAUUAUGCAGAGCACAAAAGGUGAAGAGGAGAGAAAUGGUGAAUCAAGGGAACGAGAAAAUCGUGACCGACAACAGAUGGGAAUCGCAGCUCCACGACCAGAUGAACGUAAAGUCAUUAUCACAGGCAAUCCAGAAGCACAAUGGAAGGCCCAGUUUUAUAUUUUUGAGAAAAUUCGAGUGGAAGGAUACUCUGGUAAUGAUGAAGUUCAUCUCCGAUCAGAAAUAAUGGUACCUAAAGCAGCUGUUGGCCGUAUUAUUGGUAAAGGCGGACAAAACAUUCGUGAGUUGACUCGUGUGAGCGGGGCAAUCGUCAAAUUACCCGAAGAUCAAGGAGAAGUAGAAGAAGUAGCAGUCACAAUCAUCGGUCAUUUCUACGCCAGUUUAAUGGCACAACGUCGCAUCCGUGGUCUCGUCUCUUCGCAACAGCAACAACCCACUGGUCCACAGCCGCGCAAACCCCGACCACAACAGAAUGGAAAUUAGAUAAAUAGUGAAACCACUGGUCUAAAACGGAUUUGUUGAAGAUAUUGGUUGUUGUCAUUGCAACCGAAAUGCGGCCCUUUUGGUCUAACCAAAGACUUGAAUGACACGCCCCCACUGACCCCAGCUCUCUCCCUCUCUCUUAUUUUUUUUUUUUUUUCCCGCCCUUUCUAUUUUCAGACAUAUAACAGUUAUAUCUUUAGUAGUGACUGACAGUGAUCAACCUUGUACUUUUCAUUUUCUCUCAACAUUUUGCUCGUCGUUAGAAUCAUCACGGAUGAGCAAAACUGGCAAAGAGUUGACGGGCAUCUCUUAUUAAUCGGGUGCUUUCUUAAUGUCAAUGAAUGACAGGGUUUUCACGGUACUUUUUAAUCGGGCGUUAAAUAUCAUCGUUACUAGGACAAUCAUUAGAACACACUUCUACCUUGUGAAGGGAGAAAAGUUCACGUAUGCUUUCUAGUUUUGAAGAAUGUAUCGAAAAAUGUUUAAAAAGAUAAUCAAAUUGUAUUUUAAACAUCUUUUGGAUGCCGCACAAAUAUUUAUGGAUAUCGCGACAUGUUAAACUACCAACAUUCUUCUGUGGUUACAUAAAGUGUUUUCGAGAGGUGUUUGAAAUGAAGUAAUUGACGAUGAUAUUUGCUGCCGAAAACGACAAGAGGGGCUCGUUUGUAAUAACGUAAAGUUUUUCAGCUGGCUCGUCUUAUUAUUAAUGUUUAUUUUUAAUUCCGUGUAAACCCUGUCAGGCGAUUUGUUGGCGUCUUUUUAAAUUGUUGUUGUAGGUGAUAAUUUUAAAGAGCGCCAAGAUGACGACGACGAUAAUCUUGUGGCCAGUAAGAGUGGACGAAUACCAUUGGUUUAUUUAUACCUAUUAAGUUUGAUCAGAUUUUUACGAGGUCCCUAAAUAGCACUGGGGCGGCUCGUGAGAAUUUUUUUUUCUUUAUGUAUAAGAAAAUGGAUUAAGAAGUUUAUUUUUUGAUAUUUGUUGAGGAGGUUUUUGUUAGAAUUUUUAUGUCAUUUUAUGGGCAGACUUUUUGUCCAUUAAAUGGAGAAAAAAAAAUGUAAAAAAAAAAAAUGGUGGAUACUACAAAGCGAGAAUCAGCACACAAAUAACAACAAACCCCUUUUUCUCUGAAAUGACAUUCAUGCAAAAUCAAAAAUCUCGAGUCUACAAGAUAACAAAAGGUCUUUCUCCCCUUGGGCAAAUGACAUGCAUGUCCAAAUAUGGGCAUCAUAAUUUGUAUUCAUGAUUUCUGCGCUUGCGUAGUAAUGUAUGGUGUUAAAAAAGAAUAUUUGUAGAUUUUUUUUUAGACGUUUAAUUUGUAUAAAAAAAAAAAAAUCUUUUGAAAUAUUCGUAAAUUAUUUUUUUCGACACAAGUAUCAAUUAAGAUGUUCAAUUUGUAAAAAAAAAAAUAAAAAUAAAAAGAUCUUUUGAAAUAUGUUAAAACAUAUUUUUUGAUACCUGUAUCGAAAACGAUAUUUAACAAUAAUCCUUGCACUACACAAGCGCAGAAAUAUUGACCAAUCACUUGACUGAAAUUCUCAAAGCUGUUCUAACCUGCAAUUCAUAUGCGAACAACUAGUCUUGAACAAUUAGUCUUCGAUGUUAAUAACACUACCAAUGAUUGCAGUAACGCGUUUGAUAAUUUUAACCUGUGAUUUUGAGAAGCUAUCGUCAGCCGUCUGGUUGGUUCGAUACAGUGAACAAGUGACGAUAGAAAUCAGGGUUCAAAGACGUAAAAUUCUUAUCUUCAAAACAUGAGUUCGUUGAAUCAAAAUAAAAACAUCUCGAGUAAAAUGAAAAUUGGUUUAAAAUGAAACAAAAACAAAAAAAAACAGAAAUAAUGUUCUGGGAGAAAAUGUAAAAAGUAUGACUUGUUUCAAAUUUGGAUUUCAUUCAUUUCAAUGUAAGAGCACAGAGACUUGUAACAGUUGGUGUUGGUAAAUAUUCAUAAAGGAUGCGUUCAUGGUCGGUCAUAUAAAGGACAUCUGUUGAGUUAUAAUGGUGGACAUUUUACGUGUAGGAGACAUUUUGGUGCAAGAUUGUUCCAUUUGUAAUAUUUGGAUAUUUUUGAACAUGAAUUGUUACAAGUCGAUGUGUAAUAAAUAAUUGUAAUUUUUGUUUUUGAAACAAUGUGAAGAUUUUAACAAGUUGCUACAUAUUGUAAUCUAAGUGUAUAAUAAUAAUAAUGAUAUAAUAGUUGUACUGUCUUUUGUUUCCAUUCUAAUGUAGUAAACUGUUUGAUGAUAGGUUGAUUUAUAUAUUCUAGUAUGUAUAGCCUCAUGUGAUUGGCUGACUGUCGGUACUAAGUUAAAAUUGAAAGUAGAAAAUCAUGAACCUUGAAACCUUCAUUGUUUAAUGGUAAAGGACUUUAUGUAAGGCCUUCUAUCCAAGUGCGUGUUUUCGUGGACGAAAAAGUCUGUAUAAUGCAAAUGUAAUUGGACUGUUUCCGUGUAACCAGCAAAACGUGUACAUGGAAAACGGGCCUAAGGCCUUAAAAGGAAUUUCAAAUGAUGCAGACUAAUUAAGUUUUGUUAAAAUAGUGGUUCUGAUUGAAUUUUAUUGAAGUGUUUUUUUUACUUGUGUUGAAGUAACCAACGAAGGCUUAUGUUUGUUAAAAAAAAAAAUGGUUUUAAUCAAAUUUAUUUGGCAAUUUGAUUUUUUUUUACCUGUGCCGAUAUGUUAGCCAAUGAAAUGAACAUGGCUCACUGCAACACUCUACUUAAUACAAGUCCAAUAACUCUCGGGGGACGUAUUCAUCAAAACUUAAAAUUAAAUAUUUUAAAAUUCUGUUCCUUCAUUGGCCAAAAGCUAAUAUUUGUUUUGGGAUUUUAGUGAUCAGCCAAUGAAAUGUUUGCAUCGUUAAAAUAUUUUAGUUUAAAUUGUUGUGAAUUAAGCCCCUGGUCGAAUAUUAAAACAAUAUUUCGAAAUAUCGUGUUACCUGUUGCAAUGAACUAAUGGUCAAAAUAAUGAUUGAUUUGAUGUUUCAUAUAUUCUAUGUACAAAAAAAUUAAAAAUAUUGCAUAUCUAUGACAGAGCCAAGUCUAAGUUUGAAAAUUAAAAUUUAAUUUAAAAACAAAAAAUUGAAAAUUACAAAAAAAAAAAGAGUUGAAUUUCCUCGGUAGCCGUUUUUCUUUUAUUUAUUAACAAUGCUUGUUCGAUAUUUCUUUUUGUAAAAUAUGUUUUUUUGAAGAAAUUUUUCAAAAAGGCCAGUAUAUUUUGCUGAAUUACAUUAUGCGCAAUGACUGCUGAAAAAAAAAACAUUUUGUUUGAAAUAUAUUUCAAAAAUUUUAGUUUGAUUUUAGUAUGGAAAAUAAAUUUGAUGAAUGGUUUUUUCAUCAGAUAUUGGACGAAAAAAAAUAAUGGAAUUUGGAAGUCACCUUUUGUGUACUAUGUUAAAACGUUUUUGAUGUAUUUUUUUAUUCGGAGGCUGGCAUCAUACAGAAGACUUGGCUCUCACUGUUUUGAGUUCUGUAAUGGACCCCUCCCAUUUCCCCCCUCCCCUGGAACCAUCUGUAGUAUAGUUUGAACACAUUAACUGAUGUUUAAAAUUAGUUGCUUUUCUUGUUACAGCAUACUCGUUAUAUUCUUAAGCUUUUACAGCAGUUCAAGAAAAAAAAAAGGCAGUCAUUUUUUCUCAAAACAAAAAACCCAAGUUACGAGAAUUUAUAUUUUGUAACCAGACCCCAAGUGGGCUAAUUGUAGAACGUUGAAACAUUGAAAUUAAAUCCAGAAAUGUAAUAACAUCCAUAUUGUGACUUGUUGAUAAGAAAAAAAAAAAAAUGGCUGCCCCCAUUGUAAGAUGAAUUUGUACAGCCUUGGUUACCGCUGGUAUUGAUGGUUAGUUUUGAAUUAUUACAGUUUUUGUCUUGUUUUUGAAAUUUUUUCCUUAACAGUUAAUUUACACAGUAUUGCAUGUAUAAACUCUAGUAACACAAACUGUUAUAAUUAUAAAAAAUUGGUAGUCAAAGGAGACGAUUCAUGAACUCCAUUUUAACCCAAAAUACAGCAACAGGAUGCAGGUUAGCAGUUUCUCGUCUGUACGCUAUUGGCAGGCAUUACUCGUGAUUUGCCGCCAGACUGUUAAACACAUCUCCUUUUCUACCACCAAAAAUAAAUUAUUCUAGUAAGAAAGAA